GCGGUCAACUCUAAAAACAGCAACAUUACGUAUUUUAAUAUGGCGAAUUGAAAGCAUUUCAAAAUGGGGUUUAGCAAGCAGAAACUUAAGGUGAAUUUAAAGCUGGCCAUUAACCGACUCAAACUUCUGGAAAAGAAAAAGACGGAAUUGGCUCUGAAAGCAAGGAAAGAAAUCGCUGAUUAUAUAAACAAUGGAAAAGAGGAAAGAGCGAGAAUUAGAGUGGAGCAUAUUAUCCGAGAAGACUAUUUAGUUGAAGCAAUGGAGAUGUUAGAAUUGUUCUGUGAUCUUCUGUUGGCCAGAUUUGGUUUAAUUGAGACCCAACAAUUCUGUGAUGAAGGAAUGGUCGAGGCAGUCACAACCUUAAUCUGGGCAGCACCACGGCUUCAGUCAGAUGUUCAGGAGUUACGAGUGAUCUCUGACCAGCUAGGACUGAAAUAUGGCAAAAAGUUUGGACAUGAAGCUGCGAUCAAUGCCAAUAGUACAGUGAAUCAAAGACUCAUCCUGAAACUUGAUCCUAGACCACCACCAAAGACACUAGUGGAAAAUUAUUUGAUAGAGAUUGCUCGCAGUCAUGGUGUACAGUUUGAACCUGAUCCAUCAGUGCUAGGAGAAGCUCAGAUACCUCCUGAUGACAACAUCAAGCCAAGGCCACCUAGUGGAGGAGGUUCUAGCGGUGGAGGAGGUCACAUUGGAUUUGAGGGCUAUGGAGCAGGCUUUAAUGGGCCUAGUAUUCCACCCAUGACAGGAGGUAACAUGGGAUAUGCAGCAUACCCUCCACCAACACAUGGAAAUGUCCCACCCUACCCCUCUGGUCCACCAGAUGUACCACCCAGUUAUCCCUCAGAAAAAAAGCUACCUCCCUACCCUGGGGGCCCUUUUAACAACCACAAUGCUGCCCCCUCUCCACCAGCUCCUCAUCAGCCUCCUGCUCCCAGUGCACCACGCCCUUCAUCAGGCCCCAGUUUCCCAGACCUUCCUGCAGUACCUACAGAUUUACCAAACUUGCCUGACAGUAUUCCAGGGGGGAACAGUGCUGGUGGUGAAGAUGUAGACUUUGAUGAUCUUACUAGGAGAUUCGAAGAUCUUAAGAAGAAGAAGUAGACUUUGCAAAAAUUUUUGUUCAUGAAUGUUGUGAAAUGUAAUCAAGCUCAUGCUGUCUUUAAAUACAAUUUUGUGGUCACUGGUAAA